CAUAAUUUAUUUAUUUCCGUACAAUCGAUCAAAAUCUAGUACAUUUAUCUCAACUAAGGAUCUACUCUUGUUUUUUUUUGGAAAAGUCUCUGACUGGCAACGCUGCAUUUGAGUGACGUGAGUUUUGCAGAUGUGAAAAAUUUCACAACAAAAAUAACAUCUUACGUUCAUAAUGUAAGAUUGAUUUUAAUAUUUUAAGUAUGCCAAUUCAGGCUCCACAGUGGACAGAAUUUCUUAACUGUCCAGUUUGUUGCAACGCAUUUGAUGAUAAAUUGCGAAGGCCCAUUAGUUUAGGUUGUGGACAUACUAUAUGUAAAGGUUGCUUACUGAAUUUGCAUCGUAAACAAUGUCCCUUUGAUCAAACACUGGUUAAUAUAGACAUAGAAAGUUUACCUGUUAAUACUGCUUUACUGCAACUUGUUGGUCACACUGUUGAAGUCGAGAAAAAUGAAUUUGAUUACAAAUUUAUUUCUAAAGAAAAUGAAGGUUAUUAUUUAAAAUGUAAAAAAUAUGUUGAAGAACUAGCUUUAUAUUUAAAGCCACAUUCUAAUGGAAGUGGGAGUAUUCUGUCAAGACCUAUGCAAAGGAAGCUAGUAACUUUAAUAAAUUGCCAAUUAGUAGAAGAUGAAGGACGUACUAGGGCACAAAGAGCAGCACGUUCGUUAGGUGAAAGAACUGUUACAGAACUCAUAUUGCAACAUCAGAAUCCACAACAACUUUCUGCCAAUUUAUGGGCUGCAGUACGUGCCAGAGGAUGUCAAUUUUUGGGACCUGCAAUGCAGGAGGAAGUAUUAAAGCUAGUUCUGUUAGCUCUGGAAGAUGGAUCUGCCCUUUCCAGGAAGGUGUUGGUUAUGUUUGUAGUUCAAAGAUUGGAACCUCAUUUUCCCCAAGCUUCAAAGACUAGCAUUGGCCAUGUUGUACAAUUGUUGUAUAGAGCCUCAUGUUUUAAGGUUUCAAAACGUGAAGGCGACUCAUCGCUUAUGCAGCUGAAGGAGGAAUUCCGUACAUACGAUGCACUAAGAAGAGAACACGAUGCACAGAUAGUACAAAUUGCUACUGAAGCUGGAUUAAGGAUAGCACCUGAUCAGUGGUCGGCGCUUUUAUAUGGAGAUACUGCCCAUAAAUCACAUAUGCAAAGUAUUAUAGACAAAUUACAAACGCCACAGUCAUUUGCACAAUCAGUUCAGGAACUAGUCAUUGCUCUACAAAGGACCGGUGAUCCAGGCAAAUUGUCUGUUUUAAGAAAACCGCUGGAAUUGCUAUCGGGAAUUGAUCCAAACCCUGAAUCGUCUACGCCUUUCUGGGAAGAGUGCACUCAGUGUUUAGAAGCUGUAAAACAAGUAGUAGCUGGCUUGGUCCAAUUUAUUCAACAACAUGGAAGCAGAAAAGUUCAAGAUGCGUCCCAUUCACAGCACACAAAAUAUAAGAUCAGUAUGUGUCGCGAUUUAACUCUCAGGGGUAGUUGUCCAAGAGGAACUAAUUGUACAUUUGCCCAUUCAAAUGAAGAGCUGGAAAAAUAUCGAGCCAAAAAUAGAAAAAGUUUAAAUAGGAACAAAGAGCAUCGGAUGGACAACCAAUCUCCUAUUGAAAAGGUAUUUCCACAACCUGAAGAAUAUUAUUCAAUACCAACUGCAACGACAGUUAGUCCCGUACCUAUUCAAACAGUCGUUCAAAUACCCCAUAUUGGUUACGAUAUUUCCUUUCCUCAUAAUCCGCACUAUCCACCGAAUCCUCAGUUUGCUCAACCAAUAUAUAGAGCGCAACCAUCUUAUCCGCAGGAAGUUUUUACUGGAGCUCACAAUGUGGUGCUCACAAAUAAUGGACCAAUUUAUCCAAAGCCACAGACUGAAUUUCACACUGUUUCUACUCAAGACAACUCAAAUAUUGAAAAUAAUAAGAGACCUGGUUGGGAACAAAUGGGUACAAAAAAUCAAAACUAUUUACCGCAAAACAAGCAAUCACGUAAUCAAAUGAAAAGUCUUGCCGAAUUACAUCAACUGAAGAGGGAAGUGAUAAUGCAACUUGAGAAGGUAGUAGGAAAAAGUGCAGCCACCGAAAUUUCUAAUAAUGCUAGCAGUUUAGCGCGACAAGAGUCACAACAUGAUUUAGAAAGUCCAACAUCACCUUAUAAUUUUUGGACGGGACAUAUUAGUUCAGGUCCUACUUUUGUAAGAUCAGAUUCAAUAUUAGCUGCCGAUGAUGAUUAUGUUCCCUAUGAUGCGCCAGCUAUUAGUAAAUAUGGUCCCAUUUCCAGGAUGCCUAAAGAAAACGAACAAUCUCUUCAGGUAACAACUUUAUUUAGAGAUGGAAACUUACAACCCUCACUGAUUAGGAAACCUGUCUCAUCCGGGAGCCCUGUCACAUCGUGGUUUGUGAAUAAUAAUAGUCAUUUCCAUCCCAAUACAGUUGGUUCUGGUGGUCCGACAAUGGUUGGCCCACAAAUGGCAAAUAUUAGUGACGGCUAUGUGACUUACGGUUCUCCGCAACUAAUAAUUCAUCCCAGGCUUCAAGAUCCUUCAAAGGAACUAUUUGCUGAAUCACAAAGAGUAAAAAUUCAGUUGAGAAAUCUUGAAAAACAAUUAAACGAUCUGAAGUUAGCCACUCAAGGAGUGACCACUUUAAGUGAAAGUGAAAGGCUUACACAAGAGUUACAACUUAUAGAGCAAGGUAUCCAAGAAAAGCAAAAGGAAGCUUGUCUGAAUAAAAUUGUACAUUCUUUAAGUCAAGCCAUGAGUCCAUACACUAAUGUGAAUUCAUCUGCCAGAACUAGAGAUGAUGCAUAUGAAGCAGAUAUUGCGAAUGAUAUGAGAGAAUUAGAGUUACGUCUUCAGGAAGAACUAGAAGAAUGGAGUGGUGAGGAUUCACCUAAAUGAUUAAACCCAAUGGGUUGCAUAAGGUUAUUAUGACACGUUAUUGUGACAAAAAUAGAUUGUCCAGUAACAAUAUUUAAUGUUGCUAGUUCAAAUUUAUAUAAAUUUACUUAUUUUAUAUAGCCUAUAUGAGAUGCAUUUAAUAAACAAAUUAUUGGACAAUCUUAUUUAUGAUCAAACCUACUAGUUAAAUUUCAAUUUUAAUGAAUUCAGCAGUAAGUUUUUCCAGUUUUAUGGGAGGAAAUGAUGAAGUAUUUAUAUUAAUUUAAAGUAUCGAUCCUAUGCAUCAUGAUUUUAUUAUUUAUAUUAUAUUUAUUAAUUUAAAAGUUUUAUAAAACUUUAAACAUGUUUAUCUUAAAUAUACUAAAAUUUUUAUUAAUUUUGUUUAGUAUAAAUAUAUUUUGCAUUAUUUUAAAUAACUUAUCUAUUAUUUAUCUGCUUUAUUAGCUUAAAUUGUACCCUUCUACUACUUCUUCAAAUAAUAUAUCUGCAAAGUUUUAAAUUAGUAAUGUUGUGUAAGACCUUACUUUAAAUUUUUAUUGAGAGCUUUAAGAGGUCAGUGACAUAUUAUGAUCAUACUGUGUGUGAUUGGUAUAUCAAUAUUAUAACUGAUAUUUAAUUUUCCAUUGUGAGCAUUUGUUUGAAAAUGCAAAAUCUGAAAAUGGCUUAAGGUAAACCAUAUUAUUUACUGUUAGUAAAUUAAUAUUAUGAUCUAAUAAUAUAAAUAUUUUGUGACUAUAUUAGCGAAUUUUACCAAACUGGAAGAAAAAUAUUCUAUUGAACAUUUAAAAAUCUUGUUUUUUGAUUUUAUGCUUAUGCAUUUUGUGUAUAAAUUAAUCAUUUUAAUAUCAUUCAUAACCUCUAAAUUAGUGCUACAAAUUAGUUAUUAUAAUAAUUAUACUAUAUGAUCAAAAAAAAAACGGCGUCUAAUUGGCUUGGAAAUGACGAUCGAUGACAUUUGCCAUAUAAUUUUACGUAAUAUAAAAUGACAGCGAUCUUCAUUCCAUAGCUAUCGCUGAUGGCUUUUUUAUCGGUCAUAUUUUAUACUUAUGAGUUUGUGAUCAUUCACAAAUGUCUAAAAAAUACAAUUAAAAUUAAUAGAAUAUCCUAGCAAUAGCUUGUGGUAGUCAGUUGUAUCCAUAAAG